UUUUUUAUCAUGAAUCUCGUGAACAUUUUGUAGUUUGAACAAUGUUAGUUGUAACUUAUCCAAAUUUCAAAUUUAAUAAAUUUAAAAUGUAAAUAAUGUAAUGCUACUGUCGCUUUACUUGCGCUUUUGUUGGGGUUAAUAAUUAAAAAAAUAAUUUAUGUAGUUUAGGCAAUAAAUCGAGAAUAGACUGAAUUUAAAAUUCUAUCUUUCUCAUUAUUUAGAGAAAUGAACGUCAUUCAAACAUCAAAAUUAUUGUAUUUAAUUUGUAUUUAUAUCGCACUUCUCAACAACUUUUUUGUCAUCUCUUUGGUGAUAAACGUAAAAAACCAGAACGGAAUUAUUAUAAAAGAGACAAUUGUUGCCAAUAUAACGGAUGAUGCCAUUACUUUGGAAUUACAAUUACCCGACUCUACGUUGAUUACACAACACAUUGAUUUUACUAAGGAAGUUCAAAUUGUGCAAGUUUUAUUGUCAGGGGAAGAAGAACGAGGCCAAAAACCCUAUCAAAUAUUGUGUUUUAUCAACCACAUACAACCAAAUGAGUAUAUAUCUCCAGAUGCUAUGGCUAAACUCAGACAAAAAAAUCCUGGUACAAUAAGAGUUGCCGAAGAAAAUAAAGGUAUUUUCAACAUAACAAUAGACAUGAAAAUCAAACCAAAAGAUAGUAGUCAUAUUUCAAAACACAUUUAUUCGUUAUGUUCAGAAGCACCCGAUUCUACAUUUACUAGGAAAGUCGACAUCGAUAAAUGGGCUGCCGUACCGGGCAUGUACUUGGGAAGUCUAUUAGAAUCGGUCGUGAAUAUGAAUAUGACCCCUAGAUCCAACCUUAGGUUAUGUCGAGAUACCGGAAAAGUGUGGUCGCACUGUUUGUGUACAAUGGAGGUGAUUAUACCAUGGUACCCGUGCGCACUGAAAUUUUGUAAAGAUCAUAUUAGCAAAAAACCUGCAAACGUCGAGAGUUACCGAUGCGGUAUUCAAACUUGUUCAAAGACUUUAAACUUUAUGUAUGCCGUAAAGCAUAAACAUCAUUGUUUAUCCAUCGAAUGAUAAACUUGUUAUUAUGCGUUAAAUUUGUAAAUAUUGUAAUUAUUGUCGUUAAAAAUAUUUUGUAUUAGUGAUUGUAUUAGCAAUUGAAUUUAUAUUAU